GCUCAGCUACCCAAACCUUGACAUUGCGAAGAUGGAGGCUGUGGUGGUGUAGACCGGGAAACAACUCACUGCGGAGCCGUGUUAUGACAAGAUACCCAGUCGGUCCAGGUGGAGGCAGGUGGUGUGAGUAGAGUGCAAUAAACACCUGCAGCAUGUACUCCGAGUGGCGCUCGCUGCAGCUGGUGGUGCAGAGCGACCUGGGCCACCUCAGUGUCCUGCACACCUUUCCCAACAAUGUGGGCACGGAGGUGGCAAAUGCUGUGGUCAAACCUCUGGGCACAGCUGUGAGCCCUGUUGCCACAGAGAACAUCCUCAAGACAGACAAGGAGGUAAAGUGGACCAUGGAAGUGCUGUGUUAUGGCCUCACCCUCCCCUUAGAAGGGGACACGGUCAAGCUGUGUGUAGAUGUGUACACAGACUGGAUGAUGGCCCUGGUGUCGCCCAGGGACUCCAUGCCUCAGCCUGUGGUGAAGGAGCCCAAUAUGUAUGUCCAGUCCAUCCUCAAACAUCUCUACAACGUGUUCGUACCAAGGCCUGACCAGCACAGUCUGAACCACAUCAGGCUUUGCCAGCAGGUUCUGACUGCUGUCCAGAAACUGGCAAGAGAGUCCGUCUCCAUGGUUAGGGAAACCUGGGAGGUGCUGCUGCUGUUCCUGCUACGCAUCAAUGACACCUUACUUGCCCCACCCACAGUUGGAGUUGGCGUGGCAGAGAAACUGGCAGAGAAAUUGAUGGCAGUGCUGUUUGAGGUGUGGCUGCUGGCAUGCGCCCGCUGUUUUCCCACGCCACCGUACUGGAAGACGGCUCGGGAGAUGCUGGCCAAUUGGAGACACCACCCUCCUGUCGUAGAGCAGUGGAGCAGAGUGGCCUGUGCCCUGACCUCCAGGCUUUUGCGCUUCACCCACGGACCGCCCUUCCCUCCGUUUAAAGUUCCUGAUGAGGAUGCCAGCCUGAUUCCUCUGGAGAUGGACAAUGACUGUGUGGCACAGACGUGGUACCGCUUUCUCCACAUGCUUAGCAAUCCAGUGGACCUGAGCAACCCUGCGAUAGUGAGCACCACUCCAAAGUUUCAGGAACAGUUUCUAAACUCCAGCGGUAUCCCUCAUGAAGUGGUACUGCAUCCGUGUUUGAAACAGCUCCCCCAGAUCUUCUUCAGGGCCAUGAGGGGGGUCAGCUGCCUAGUAGAUGCCUUCCUGGGUGUCUCUGUUGAAAAGAGAGAUGUACGGGAGAGGGUGUUCACUUUUGCCCCAGUGCUGCUCCUCCAUGGUAUAUCACGUCCAAGAGCUGACAGUGCCCCGCCCACCCCGGUCAACAGAAUGAGCAUGUCCCCGCCCCCCUCCAUCACCAACACCACGCCCCCUCACAGCCGCAAGCAGCGGCACACUGUGGUCACCAAAACCACAAGCAAGAGUUCAACUAGCAGUGGUAGUCAACCAACCAAAGCAUCCCAGCAGCAGCAGCAGCAGCAGCAGCAGCAAAAUUCGUCCUCCCCGACCCUGCUCUCCAGCCCCAACCAGAGCAGCUGGGAGUCUCGGCCUCUGCCCGCCCCGGCAAGGCCGAAGGUUAACAGCAUCCUUAACCUGUUUGGCCAGUGGCUUUUUGACGCUGCUCUGGUGCACUGUAAGCUCCACAGCGGCCUCAGCCGGGACCCUAGCAUGACGGCGAUAGCCACUCAAGUAGGUCUGGAGCUGAGAAGGAAGGGUUCUCAAAUGUCCAAUGACUCCAUGGUGUCAAACCCCAUGUUUGACGCCAACGAGUUCCCGGAGAGCUAUGAGGCUGGACGAGCCGAGGCCUGUGGAACUCUCUGCCGCAUCUUCUGUAGCAAGAAAACUGGAGAAGAGAUUCUGCCUGUUUAUCUUUCCAGAUUCUACAUGGUCCUGAUUCAGGGUCUCCAGAUCUCUGACUUCAUCUGCAGACCAGUUCUGGCUUCUAUCAUUCUCAACUCUUCCUCUCUCUUCUGUACUGACCUGAAGGGCAUCAAUGUGGUAGUGCCCUACUUCAUAGCUGCCUUGGAGACUAUAGUUCCAGACAGGGAGCUGUCGAAAUUCAAGAUCUAUGUAAAUCCUACUGACCUAAGGAGAGCCUCCAUCAACAUCCUGCUCGCCAUGUUGCCGUUGCCGCAUCACUUUGGCAACAUCAAAUCAGAGGUUCUGUUGGAGGGAAAGUUCAAUGAGGAGGAUGGGUGGCCUCAUGACCAGCCUGUGUCUUUCCAUUCCCUGAGGCUACGGCUCGUCAAUGUCCUGAUCGGAGCACUGCAAACUGAGACUGACCCCACUAACACUCAGCUCAUUCUGGGUGCAAUGCUCAAUAUCGUUCAAGACUCGGCUCUCUUGGAGUCCAUUGGUGCACAGACUGAAACAGGGAGUAUAGAUGGGAGCCAUGUGACAGUGAGGAGUCAGAGUCACAGCCGCACCAACAGCGGCAUUAGUUUCACCAGCGGAGGCAGCACAGAGGCAACCAGCCCAGAUUCCGAGCGUCCUGCUCAGGCUCUGCUGCGAGACUACGAUACGGCGGCGGGCCUGCUGGUGCGCAGUAUCCACCUGGUCACACAGAGGCUCAACUCUCAGUGGAGGCAAGACAUGAGCAUUUCACUGGCUGCCCUGGAACUGCUGGCUGGGCUCGCCAAGGUGAAGGUCGGAGUGGACUCUUCAGACCGUAAACGUGCCGUCAGCUCUAUAUGUGGGUACAUCGUGUACCAGUGUAGCCGUCCAGCUCCUCUUCAAUCUCGAGACCUCCACUCUAUGAUUGUCGCUGCCUUCCAGUUUCUGUGUGUGUGGCUCACAGAACACCCUGACAUGCUGGAUGAGAAGGAUUGUUUGGUAGAGGUGUUGGAGAUUGUGGAGCUAGGAAUAUCUGGUAGCAAGUCCCGACAGGAACAGGAAGUUCGGCAUAAAGGGGAGAAGGAGCACAACCCGGCUUCAAUGAGGGUGAAGGACGCUGCUGAGGCAACCCUGUCCUGUAUCAUGCAGGUGUUGGGGGCCUUCCCUUCUCCCAGCGGGCCUGCCUCCACCUGCAGCCUACUGAAUGAAGACACCCUGAUUCGUUACGCCAGACUCAGUUCCACAGGAGCCAGCAACUUCCGCUACUUUGUGCUGGACAACUCUGUCAUCCUCGCCAUGCUGGAGCAGCCUCUCGGCAACGAGCAGAACCCCAGUCCAUCGGUGACAGUUUUAAUCCGAGGCACAGCUGGCAGACAUGCCUGGACCAUGCAGCUCUUCCACCAACCCAGAGGAGCUCGGGCCAAUCAGAGGCAGGUGUUUGUUCCAGAGGGUCGUCCUCUGCCGAAAAAUGAUGUGGGGAUAAAAUACAGCGUCAAGCAGAGGCCCUUCCCUGAAGAGGUGGAUAAGAUUCCUCUUGUCAAGGCUGACGUCAGUAUUCCUGACCUGGAUGACAUUGUCAGUAAAGAGGCGUGUUAUUUGGACUGGCAGGAUGAUUCAAGAGCUACAAAUACUCUGAGUUAUCCCCCACACCUGGAGGUUCAGCAUGACAGGCUUCGUAUUCUGAUGACCAAGCAGAUAGAGUAUGAGAACGCCUUGGAGCGGCACAGUGAGGACGUCUGGAAGUCCAACACUUUCCCUGACCCACAGACGGACUGUAAACCUCCUCCUCCGUCGCAGGAGUUCCAGACGGCGCGUCUGUUCCUCUCCCACUUUGGCUUUCUCUCUCUGGAGGCACUGAAGGAGCCCAACAACAGUCGUCUACCUCCUCAUCUGAUUGGCCUGGAGUCAUCCUUGCCAGGGUUUUUUGAUGACAUCAGCUACUUGGACCUGCUUCCCUGUCGACCAUUUGACACCGUCUUUAUUUUCUACGUGAGAGCCGGACAGAAAAGUAGCCACGAGAUCCUGAGGAACGUGGAGUCAUCAUCGAGUGUCCAGCCUCACUUCUUGGAGUUCCUGCUGUCCUUGGGCUGGCCUGUGGACGUGGGACGCCACCCAGGUUGGACGGGACACCUGGACACCAGCUGGUCCCUGAACUCCUGCUGCGACAACAAUGAUACACAACAAAUAGAGGAAGCAGCUACUCCUGAGGACACCGGAGGUUCUGUGUUCAACGGGGAGAAGAAGGUUUUGUACUACGCUGAUGCUCUGACAGAGAUUGCCUUCGUUGUUCCAUCUUUGACAGAAAACUCGGAGGAGUCAUCAGUGCACAGUGACUCCACAGUGGAGGCCGACACCAACACAGAAACAGUGCCUGGUUUACUCAAACAACCCAACCUCACACUGGAGCUCUUCCCCAACCAUUCAGAAAACCUUGAGUCUGCCAAGAAGCUGAGUCCUUUGGUGAAGGCAAAGAGGUCAUCAACUGGAAAGUCCUUCCCGCCACUGGGUCCGGAGACAAAAGUGUUCGUGGUUUGGGUGGAGCGCUUUGAUGAUAUUGAGAACUUCCCGUUGACUGAGCUCUUGGCGGAAACCAGCACAGGCUUGGAGGCUAGCAUGAGCAACAGCACUUCCUGCAGGUCGGGCUUACUAGAGAAGGAUGUUCCACUGAUCUUCAUCCAGCCUCUGAAGACGGGACUGUUCAGGAUUCGGCUGCAUGGAGCUGUGGGCAAAUUUGGCAUGGUGAUCCCCCUGGUGGACGGCAUGGUGGUCAGCCGCAGAGCUCUAGGGUUCCUGGUGCGUCAGACGGUCAUCAACGUGUGCCGACGGAAGCGUCUGGAAAGUGACUUGUACAACCCGCCCCAUGUGAGGCGGAAGCAGAAAAUAACGGAGAUUGUCCAGCGUUACCGCAACAAGCAGCUGGAGCCAGAGUUUUACACCUCGCUCUUCCAUGAUGUGGGGGAGGGAAAGCCUCACCUCUAAUCCCCCGGCCCUGUCCUAACACUGGCUCACAAGCGCACACAGACACACACACAUGCUUUAUACCUAUACUCUUACACCAUUUACAUACAUACACACCCACGCCACACACACACACACACACAGAAUCUUUAUAUUUAUACUGUACUAUUUUGUUAUUUAUAUGAAUACAUAUAUCAACACUGUCUGCCUUUGACUCUGAGAGCAAAGUGUCAAAAACCAUGCCAAGGUGGAAAAGCUACAUUUCUGUGUCGCAGCCUCUCGCGGAACAUUUGAAUGGCUGAAGUUCAACGGUCUCUGCUCAUUAGGUCUCAUGCUUUGUGGCGAAAGAGUUUUCUGCUUGUCUUCAAACUGCAAUACGAUAGUUACACUGUUGGCCUUUCUCAACUUGUAAAAAAAAAAUAAUGUUUGUUCUCUAAACCCUGUGACAUGAGUGAAUUUCCUGAUGGUUUUGGUAAUACAGAGUUGUGUCCAAAAAACCCAGAUCUGUUUUUUUUUUUUGUUGUAAUCAAACAGAUUCAUAGCUGGAUCUUUGCCGAGGACACAAACAUGCAAGCGUCAUACAAAAUGUUGUUAAAUCUGAAUCACUGCGGCUUUCAGGCAAGUUGCUUUGAUAGAGCGCAGACAUGAUGGACAUCGUUAACGGCCAAUCAUCUACACCCAGACGUCAGCUAAAGUCUUCCCAGUGCAAACAGAAGUUCGGCCGCUGCAGCAGCUUACUGAGUUUUUUGUUUUUUUUCUUCAGAUGAUUUACAGGACUCCUGUGUUCUAUUACUGUAUGUGGGUGUCUCUGUGCCUGUCUCAAAGUCAUCCCAUCCCACAGCAGCCACUGCACUGUGUUUGUGUGUGUGUGUGUGUUCACAUGUAUCCUUAUUCAAAUAAUCAACACUACAAGAAGUCGUACUGACCCCUAAACCUCCCACAGAAAGCAUUUCAUGAUGAAUUAUGUCACUUUAAAAACAAAUGCGUCUCAAAGUAAAUUCAGUUUUGAACAUUUCAAUCUCGGUCAAAGCUCGGUAACUGGAGAGUUUGCCGGUAAAGCAGUGACGGAGCUCCUGGAGUUUGCACUUGAUGAUCGCAGAGCUGAUAACACAAGGACCACAAGGACAUUUUAGCUUUGGAGUUUCAAACGUGUCACAGAUCUGCACAUCCCAUAAAACACAAGCAGGUGUUGAACCAAUGAUUUAAAGUGGAGGCAGACAAAUGGAGGUGCGUACACCGUCCCUCAUUUCUAUGCAGUUUUAAUGAUCAUCUCAAUACAACUGAAUAGGAGCGAGCGCUGCUGUGCAAACCUCCAUUCUGCUGCUGACAAACAACCACGGGACAAAUUAAGUGUCUACCAAAUCUAUGGUGAUGUAUUCAGAGGCCAAAAAUAAUCACUGUAACAGCGUUUCUAACGUCCAUCUUGCCUGAUCACAGCUAUAUUUUUUUUAAUUCUAAAUCCCAGAAAGAGAAAAUUUAAUCAUUUUGGUUUCAUUUCAAAUUUUUGCCUUCACAAAUAUUUCUUUGGGGGGCUUCACAGUUUCACUUUAGUUUACUCACUGUACUUUGGUCUAUUCAAGCUCUCCUCACUGUCUGCCUGUAACAAUGUGAAUUUAUUUAUCACAGCGAUGGGACAGGACACACAACUCUCGUUUCUUAUGUUUUGGAAAGUCUUAAUGCACUGAGCACAUUUUCUGUUUUAUUUUCUAUUCCCUGUGGUUCCCCUUCCAUGUCUUUUUGUACUUUUGUGCAUUUUGAAAGAAACCCCUGCUAAAGGAAGAGUUUUAUCUUGUGAAAUAUGAAUGAAGAAGAGGCGCCGGCGAGUUUUUAAAACCUAUCAUGUCUAACUGUGUGACUCACUUUUUACAACCGUGCUUUAUGCACAUGCCUUUUUUUUGGAAGGAAAAAAAACACAUUAAAUAUGCUUCAAAGAAACUACAUACAAUCAGUCAUACAUUGUAUCCUGUGUUACUCCUCUGAUCAUAUUUAAGGAUUUGCCAUGUACAGAAGAGGAGGAUGAUAUGUAAAUAUAUGAAAGUGAAGGGCAUUUACAAAUUGUCUGUUGCAUUCAUCUGAGACGGCGAGAAAAAGCUAUGUGUGUAUGCAAUUAUGUGUUGGAGGAUCACAAUGGGUAUUGAAUGUAACAUGCAUCAAUUAAAACUAUUAUGAGCUUUUAA